AUGACCCCCAACCUUCAAGUGAAUGGACCACAUGGUGCACUUUACUGCCUCUCUAACAACGGCUGGACAAACUCGGAGCUGUUUUUGGAGUGGCUAGCUCACUUUAAAAAACACUCACACCCUACACCCGAGGAUCCUGUUCUUCUAAUCCUGGACAAUCACAACAGUCAUAUAUCCAUACCGGCCUACAAGUUUUGCAAAGACAGCAACAUUCAUAUGAUAUCUUUGCCCCCUCACACGUCCCAUCGGCUUCAGCCACUGGACCUGACUUUUUUCGGUCCAUUGAAAAACGCCUUGUAUAGAGAAUAUGAUCUUCAUCUAAUGCGAUCCGGUCAUGAGAAGAUAACCGAGUAUGAUGUUUGCCGGACUCCUUAA